CAGCUCAAAUCACUGGCUCUUUAGCUGUCGUCAGUGAAGAGUAUAUAUAAGUUUAUAUAUUUUUUUUAAUUACUUUGUUUACAAUUUUAACUAUUGUUGUCUGUUUAACUGUAAACGUUCUAGAAGUAUGAGCGAAUUGGGUUAAAGUAUACGUUCCUGUGGUCGCUUAGUGAUGGAGGGAAGAUUGUGUUGUUGUUCUCUUGGUAACGGAGACUCGGGGCCUCGGUGUCAAGUACACUGAUUUAUGGAAACGUACAACUAAAAAAAAUACAAGACGUUAUUUUUAAAAUACACCUGCAUAGUCCUGGAUACCCAGAUUAGGAUUUGUGUUACAUCACCUGUUCAGACCAGGACGUUGCCAUGACGGUGAAGACAGACUCUGACAUGGCAGGUAGUAAGUGGACCAGUAAGCUACAAAUGCACUUUGUCCAUCCAGAGUAAAAGGCAGAUAAAGGAAGCGAGGGAAAUGGAGGGAAAAAGAAACACCACCAGAGUGCGUAUACGUGCCUGGACUCCUGCCUCGGGAUACUCUUCACCGCCGAGCCCGGUCAGCUCACAACUCAGCUGGGACGAGGGCAGAGACGAGGACUUCCAAAACCAGAUGGAUGAGAAUGGUAUCAUUGGUCUGAGAGAGACACAAGAGGAGACUUCAGAGCAAGAAGACGAGGUUGUAUUAGAAGAAGAAGAGGACAUGUUAUCAGAUGUUGAUACUCCAGAACCUGAAGAUGGUCCAUCUCCAGUGCUGGAAGAUCUCAGCUAUCACCUGAGUGAGCUGCUGGAUUCAGAGCCCAUAGGAGAUGACUCUCUCUCACCCAGACACAACAAUGUUGAGUGUAGUGUUUCUCUGGAAGACUGGAGUGACGAUGAUGAUGAUAUUGAUAAUGAAGAGAAACUUGAUGAAGAAGAUGAAGAGAUCUUUAACAUCCGCAGACCCAUAUUCCCACAUUCGAGAAAAGAUAGAGAUUUCAUUUCAGGAAUUCCACAUGAAGAGACUGAGGUUGGAGGUUUAACAAUGGUUAAGCUGCAUGGAGACGAGUCGGAUCCUCUCGAAAUGAAUAUAGUGCCUCGGGAUAACUGGACAGACAGCUGUGAUAUCACCAGUCAUGAAGGAAUGAAUAAUACCAACAAAUCUGAAAUAGCAGAUUUAGGAACUCGCACACCAUCCCAGAACAGUUGUGAUGAGAGGAGCCAUGCGUCUUCCUCACCCUCCUUCAGAAACGCUCCUCAGUCCCAUAUCCAUCCUCACAUCCCAAAACUGACUUUACAUGACGAGGCGAGUAACCAUGGGAUUGCAGAUGAAACGUACGCAAAGCUACCUGGGACUUACAGCCUUCGACUCAGACACAGCCCUAGGACUUACCCACCUGUCAGAGCAGUGGAGGAAGAGAAAGAGCCUGUUCCUGCACCGAGGAGCUUUAAUUCAGAAAAUGGUUUACCUGCUGGACCUCAGGAACGUCACCAUCAGGAUCCUAUCUCCACUCUUCAACAGAUAGAUUCUACACCACAGAUGGAUCACUCAUCUUCCAACUCAUCUGCAAAGCCUACAGCUAAAGAUUUCACAUCUGGACACAGGAUACACCACAGACCCCCUAAGAUCUCUCAAACUGACCUGAAAGAUGUGAGGAAUGGCCAGCUGAGUCACCCGUUACCAGAUUUUUCCAAAGUAGAGCCCAGAGUUCGUUUUCCCAAAAGCAGAUACACUCCCCCGAAGAGUCGCAAGCCCCCUCACAAAGAAAACUCGAAACUUGAAGCUCCUGUCCUGUUCAAAUCCCCUGCUGACAUUGUGAGAGAAGCUCUGUUGAGUAAUUCUGAAGGGCCCUCGGAUUCCGUAGCCUCCACACACUCCCAGAAGCCAUUGAAGACUACAACGCCCGAGCAGUUUCGCUGCCCUCUGCAGGCCAGCGCUAUGGUGCAACAGCUUCAGGAGGAUUACAAUAGGCUUCUAACAAAGUAUGCAGAAGCUGAGAAUACAAUUGACAGGCUACGUUUGGAAGCCAAGGUAUGCCUACACUCGGAUCCUCCCAAACCCAGCCAGCAUGUACUGUCAGGUGUUCUGAGGGAGGGGUCAAAGGUUAUAUCCCUGAGUUUCCCCCAGGCUCAGAGGGCAGAGCUGGGCAUCGAUGCUGUCCAGCCGACUCAGCAAAGGCUCAGUUCAGCUACCAGAGCGACACCCAAUCGCCCGUCCUCUGUGGAGUCUUUUACUUCCAGCUGGAGGGAAUCUCCUACUGCACCUCCACUAACUGAAGCACUCUCCAAUCAGAUGGCGAGAUUUCAGAUACAGAUUAAUGAGUUUGAGAAGCUGCUAAAGAGUCGCAGACUUCAACCUUCUGAGCAGGCACAGGGGUUGUCUCAGCUGACUCAGGGUCAGGAGUCGAUGGAAAAGGCUUACCUUGCUGCACGUGAAAAGCACCAACAAGUGCAGAGGCAAACAGGAGGGAAGUCACAAACCUUUGACCCUGACAGGGAACUCGAAAGUCUGAUAUUUCAGGCAGGGAUACAACUGGAGGAACUGAAGGAGUGGAUAGAAGAGACUGAACAUGUUCAGCUCACAGAAGCUACUCCAAGCAACCCCACUCAUGCCCUUCAGCCCUUCGUGUCACUGAAUGAGACAGAGCCGCAGCCUGAGAACCCAGCCUGUGCGGCUCAUGAAGAAGUCAUAGUCGGCGUGGAGGUGAGUUCCGUCAGUGGGGAGAGUGACGGAGAGAAAGAGGAAGGUGAAGAAGACAUGCUUCCAUCUGUCCUCCAUCCCCUCAAACACAAACAUCGACGUGUGGAGAAAGACUUUAGCAAGCUGAUGGACAACUACCAGGACUUCAGAGAUUUCUCCAAGCUGCUGGACGGAGACCAGGCUCAAGUGGAUCACAAUUCCCUGGAGUUACGAGAUCUUUCUCCUCACCCAGCCAGGAUUGCUAGGAUAGAGAGUAAACAGCAGCAGAGGAGUGAAAACAAGCGGCACGCAGACAAACCUCUCCCGUCAGUGCCAGUGGCAGACUCUCUCUCAGGCCCUUCUGCUAGCUCACAUGUGUGUAAAUCCAUGGAAACUCUCCCAGAGGCCUCAGUCCCAGCUUCAGAAUUACCAAGGAAACAGGGCAGUAGAAGAAGUGCUACAGAUAGCAUAAAGUCCCACAGCAGCCAGGGAAAGAGUGCAGCCAUGGGAAAAGGGGUCUCUAAAGAGAAUGACAGAGCCUUGAGAACACAGCUUCAGGAUGGUGUGGUAACUCCAGAAACAGAUAGUGGGUUCUUGGGCUCGGAGAGCAGUCGACUCACACCUGCAGCACAAAGCCCUGUCCAGCGGAGGGCAGCAUUGAGGGCGACAAGGCCAUCUGUCACACAGGAAAAGUGCAGAAUAAAUCCUGAUUCUAGUGCUUCAACACACACACAGCCAUCUUCAGAUGCCUCUAGAGCCCAUGUCAUUGCCUCUGGAGAUGCUCCAGGGUCCUUGGGGAGAAGAGGAGGGGCAAGGAUGCAUCACAAUCCCAGUUCAUCUGCCUCCAGCUCCCCCCUGCGCUGGCCUAGUACACCUCUCCAGCCAUGGCCUAGUAGUGUCAUUAGCGAGCUGGAGCAACAGAGCGAAUGUGCCCAUUCCUUAUCAGAAGAUGGAAUACGACAGGAUGACCAACAGACACAACCGACCAAUCAGGAUCCCCUUUAUCUCAGAAGCUCCUCCUUCACUGCACCCUAUCACCAUGGUGACCACCUCAAUGCCCAAAGUUCUGGGCAGCUUGUGAAUCACCAUGAGGCCAUCGAGUCUCUUCAGGCAGAGGUGCACAGACUCAGAGAGCACUUAGAGGGAACUCUCAGGACAGCCGGUCCUCUCCAUCGUCUGAGGGCAACCCAUUCUCCCUCAAAAGACAUUAGAGACCAUACACUUCCUCACACAUCUACACCUCAUCCACAGCAGCGUGAUUUCAGGGAGAGAACGACUGCCAGCACGAGAGAUCCAAGAGAGACUGUGAAGAUUGAGCAUGAGAAAACUAUACCAAGAAGAAGAUCAGCAUCUGUGCCUCGCCUCAGACCAGAGCCAGAUACCGGUACAGAUUCGGACCAUACGCAGUUUAAAGCCAUGACACCAGAGCACAUCCCAGCAUCACCUGUGAUGAUACAGACAACUCGGAGAGCGAGGGCUGAAACUAGACGAAGCCCAAAGACCACCUCAAAUCGCCAGAAGCAUAGCUUAUCAGCUGACAGAUCAUUUGUGAGAAAUACUGGGGCUGAACCAGGAGGAAGGCCAGUACCUUUGUGUUCGAGCUGUAUGGCAAGACGCAACAGAACCUCUGGAUGUCAAGCAAGAAACGUUAGCUCACCUAGUCACACUCGUUACUACUCUGAUCACUGCCCACUUUGUGGAGCAACAAAAACGGCAAACCAAAGCUCAGUGGCAAAGGAACUUCGGCCUGUGAGGUCCACGCGCAUGCAGACAGGGGGCGUGUACCUGGCAGUAGCACCUCCUCCUCCUCCAGUGAUUGGCAGUGUGCCUUUGCUCCAGUGUAUGCAAGUCUGUCCUUCAGUCCUCUACUACUCCAGCCCUGUGGUUUCAGCCUCCUACCAAAAGCCUCUUUACAUUUCACAGAGUGAAGGGAAAGGCUACAAGGGUCAUCAUAUGCGGUCACACUCUGUAGAUGCUCAGCGCGCUCUCAACCGCUCUCUGGGCCGCGCCAUCGCCGCCGUCGGUAGCGUGAGAGAGAUGUCUGAGCGCAUGGUGAGCUCUCUUUCCUCGGGACUGCAUCACAUGAGCCCACUCGCAAAAUCAUGUACCUACUGACGCUCCCACCCUUCUAUGUUGACCUCCAGAGAAAGCAGACUGCAGCUUGCAGGCUCAGCUUUCUUGACCUUACAUGUGCACACUCAUGACUUUAACUGUGGCAGCUGUACUGUAAUAAGCUUCACGUAUUGCACUGUUUACCGUAGUUUACACGCCCAUUUUAUGAUCAUUUUAUAAUAAUUCCAAUUUCCAAUUUCAUUGGAAAUAUCCAAUUUCAUUGGAAAUAUUAUGCAUAAGGUUUUUGUUGGUGUGUGUAGAUUUUAUACCUGGAAAUAUUCUCCUGCAUUUCUUCACUAGGUUUUAUCAGUACACUUCUGCACAGCUCUUUAUUACAAAAGAUUUUUGAAAUGUGUUUUUUUAAUGUGUUUGUAAUAAAUGAAAUAAUGGAAACCGCUGCUGAAAUUAGGGGACUGUUAACAAUUUAGGGGAAUUGGUUCGUUUUAUAUUAUUUAUGGUACGUUUGUGACUUGCUUUGUGCCCUUAAAAGGAAAUUUGAAAAUGCAGGACAUCAUGAGCUCCAGAAUGAAGCAAUCCUAAUUUGAAUCCUAAUGACGACGCAGCACCAAGAAAGGAAAGUUGGUGUGGGUUGAGACGGAGUUAAUCACGCCGCUGUCAGUCAGAGUGACUAGUGAUUCUGUGAGCUCGUGUAUGUAAGAGUGUAAGAGGGUUGAUAGCACUUUCCUCCAAGUGUCUUGCACUGAAUCAGCAUAAACAGGAGUCUUUAGCGAUAUGGAGGAAACGUGAGUUCGUCUUUACUAACGUUUGUCUAGAAAUUGAAGAAAAUGUAGUUUUUAGCUCUAACACUUCUGUGAGAGGGUGCAAUUAUAUACAUUUUCCUAGAAUGUACACUUACCAAUGUUCUUUCUAACUUGCGAACUUUUGUCUGCUCGAUCAGUCCCUGCAGGAUGUUGCAAUCACACAGAAGAGCGCAAUAUACUUUUUUUUUUUAAUUACCUCAGAUUUUGCACAUAUUUGGGGCCUGUCAUGUGACAUCAUCACAAAGCACAUUCAGCAUUGAAAGUCGCUUCAAUUUAUGCAAGUUAAACAUUAGUACAGCUAUCAUAGAAAGGAAUUACUUAUUUAUCUCCACUGGUAUAAGUUUAAUAGAAGAAUCAUGUGCUUACACCAAUUCGAGUAGCUUUUUAUAAAAAAAAAUAAAUAAAUAAAAAUAAAAAUAAAGAAGCACAAAAAUUUGCAUUGCAAAUUUUGAAAACAAUCACAAAAAAAGUGAAAUCCUGAAGGGACUGAUAGAACAUCAGUCUUACAGAUUAAACCAUAAUAAAUAAGACAACAGAGUGUAAUAUUAGUCAUGUCCAUCAUCAUAGAACAGUGUGGGAACAAAAUUGAUCCAUAUGCAGUUUAGGUACUGACCCUCUAAAUCUACAAUGAUUCUGGAAUUAAUUUCUGUUUCGAUUUUUGUGACAAUAUCCUGAAAUUUUGUACUUUUGUAUUUUGAAUAAAAAAAUAGUCCAAUCAUUUCUACAGUAAUUCAGCAUCUUCACUUUAUUGACCUCGUC